AUGGAGGGAAAAAAGAGCAGUGAUCAUUCAGGUGAAACAACGAUCAGAAUCCCGGAAACGACGACGAAAUCAAUCAAGCUAGAACGCGGCGGCGGUGGAGGAUGGAAGAGAGGCGUUGGAAUCUUCGAUUUCAUCUUAAGGCUUAGCGCCAUCGCUGCUUCAUUAGCGGCUGCCGUCACAAUGGGAACCACCGAUCAAACUCUCCCUUUCUUCACUCAGUUCUUUCAAUUUCAAGCCAGCUACGACGAUCUCCCCGCCUUCACGUUCUUUGUGAUUGCAAAUGCAGCAACAAGUGGGUAUCUGGUUCUCUCAUUGGCUUUUUCUAUCGUCGGAAUCGUUCGCCCUCAUUUGACCGGAAUCCGUCUACUUCUCCUCAUCCUCGACAUCGUUAUGGUGUCUCUAACGACGGCGGCGGCGGCGGCGGCCGGAGCUAUUGUAUACUUGGCUCACAAUGGAAAUCCGAGUGCUAAUUGGAUCGCGAUUUGCCAACAAUUUGACGAUUUUUGCCAACGCAUAAGUGGAGCCGUUGUCGCUUCUUUCAUUGCUGCAUUUCUCCUCAUCCUGCUCGUCAUCCUUUCCGCUGUUGCUCUCAGGAGGCAUUAA